GCAGACGUGAAACUCAUGAUCCUGAAAUUUGUAGGUAGUGAUAGGACAGGUCCUCUCAGUGGCGCAUUGAAGGCUCUCGAUUAUGCAGUCGGGAUGGGUGCUGCAGUGUCCUCACAUUCGUAUGGCGGUAAUGUGCCAAGCCGGAUCUUCGAAAAUGCAAUCCGGAAUGCUGCUAACGCUGGCCAUAUUGUGGUUGCUGCUUCUGGGAAUGAAGGAAUGAACCUGGACGAGACCCCAACCUAUCCUUGCUCGUACUCAAGGUCGAUUCCUUCUAUGCUCUGCGUUGGCGCGAGUUCUUCGACACCGACCUCGCCUGUAUCUCUCGCCUCCUUCUCGAACAUCGGUUCUGUGGUUAAUAUUGUCGCCCCUGGCGUGAAUAUCCUUUCGACGUACCUCUCGGGUUCGUACGCUUUUCUCAGUGGUACAUCGAUGGCUACGCCUCAAGUUGCGGGUGUUGCGGCCGUGCUUGCCACAUUGGGCUUGGCAGGGCAGAGCAUCACUGACUCUAUAACACGGUCUCGAACUGCUAGCCUUAGAAAUGCGCUCUCUUUGCAAAAUUUGGGGGAAUUGGAUGCGUUGAACGCAGUCAAUGAAGGCCUUGGUCAGCCGACCACCCCUCCAAGGCAGCCAUCAAGCGCAAGACUCUCAUCUUCGGUUUGUUUGUGGAGCGUUGGACUCUUGUUUGUUAUUAUAACCGGCCAUUCUGCUUUCUAGCAUUGUGUCCAUUCAUUCACACUUAUCACUAACCCGUAACCCAUCACACUUCCAAGGAAUACCACUAGUCC